AUGGGUCGUGUUAGAACUAAAACUGUUAAGAGAGCCUCUAAGGUCGUGAUUGAACGUUUCUACCCUAAAUUAACUUUAGAUUUCGAAACCAACAAGAGAUUAACCUCUGAAAUUGCUGUUAUCCAAUCUAAGAGAUUAAGAAAUAAGAUUGCCGGUUACACCACCCACUUGAUGAAGCGUAUUCAAAAGGGUCCAGUUAGAGGUAUUUCUUUCAAGUUACAAGAAGAAGAAAGAGAAAGAAAGGAUCAAUACGUUCCAGAAGUUUCUGCUUUAGACUUGUCCCACACCAACGGUCAAUUAGAAGUUGACUCUGAAACUGCUGAUUUAGUCAAGACCUUAGGUUUCAAAAUUCCAAUCCAAACCGUUGCUAUCUCUGCUCAAAGAGGUCCAAGACGUUUCGUUAAGAGAAACUAA